AUGACAGUGAACAGCGAGGCUCCUAUUGAGGAUGUUCAGCAGUUUCUAGAACGAAAAAUUGGUGUCGACAUUCCGUACACUACCGCUCACAAAGAGAAGGGAGCAGUGUGUGCUGAGAUAGUCAAUCCGCAACGGGAGCAGUACAAUAUGGUGGAAGGCUAUGUUUAA